CUGGCCUUUUGUUUGAAGGCUCCUCCUCCUGUGAUGGGAAAGUACACGAAGAAGCAGAGCACAAACUAUAGUUUUGUUGAUGUAGGACCUAGAUUAUCGAUCAAGACCUACGUCAGCGUUGUUUCGUUGUGUGGGGGAUAGCCUGCUAACGUCAAUGUUAGCACCUAGCCUGUACACAUAAAUGCUUUGCACUAGAAUGGACCUGUUGAACUCUCAGUUCCUGGACAAGAUGAACAAUAACAUUGGGAGACUGCACUACGACGAUGAGUCCAGGAUCCCCUCUUUGUCUGCUGCUGUGUCCACCAUAACUGGGCCCUCCCCACUCUGCCCCAACAAACGGAAGUAUGGGGACGAACAAAUGGAGAACAGACUCAACUGUGACGACGACCACAUGACCAAAAUGAGCAGAAUGUUUGCUACUCAUCUGGCUCGUCCCUCUGCUGGAGAUCACCGCAAUGAGCACUGGAGCCUCAGCCACAGUCCUGUGGAGCAUAUUAAUACCUCCUCUAAUGGUAUCCAUGGGAACCACCCAUAUGCAUCCAUUUCUGGUUACGCUAUAGAUCAGCCUCUGGCUUUGACCAAAAGCUACAAUAACUCUGAAGUGUCAAGGACUGUCCAAAGUGGUACCACAGAGCGUCAGCAGAAUCGACCCUCCGUUAUCACAUGUGCUCCAGCCAGUAACAGGAAUUGUAACCUCUCUCAGUGCCACAUGAAUGGCUGCCCCCCCACUGCAGCCGACGAGCAGAGGAAGACAAAUGCCAAGACGGUAUGCGACCCAGUUAUCGAGGAACACUUCCGUCGCAGUCUUGGAGAAAACUACAAAGAAGCGGAGGCUGUCUCUAAUUCGGUGUCCAUCACAGGUUCUGUGGAUGACCACUUUGCAAAGGCACUGGGUGAUGCUUGGCUUCAGAUCCAGGCCAGGGGUACAGGCCAGCAAAAUCCAGAGGAUGAACCAUAAGUGGCAGUGGGAAGAAAUGAAUAGAUUAGAGUCUAUGAGCGAGUUGAGAGGUCUCAUUCUCAUUUCUAGCCAAGAACAGUGUAAGAAUGUGGCGCUCACAUAGGUGGUUCCUGCCUGGACUUCAAGGUCAAUCUUUUAGAACAUCUGAUCAGGCUUUGUCAUUUUAAUUUAUCAGAAUUCUCCCACAAAGGAACGAUUUGAUAUUGAAUCAUUUAAUGAUUGUGUAGAAAAUGCACAUAAUCAUUCUGUAAAUUUCAAAGUAGUCAGUUUGAAAUCUUUCACCUUCCUGCCUUUUAGCCAAAGACUUUCCCUGCCUUUUACCAUCAGCCUGUAAGCCAUACAUCAAUUCUUUCAAUGUCACUCUAAGAUCACACUGCUUUCUAAUCAAUAUUACUUGAAAAUGACAGCUAUGUCUCUUUUGCACUAUUAUGUUCUCCACCUUUGGGGUAGCAGGUUACCUGUUGGAAGUAAUAUGUGCAACUAUGCGUUUUGAGAUUUAUAUAAGUCGAUUAAGGCCUUGGCCUUAUUACUUUCAGAAAACACUAGAUUAAACCUUCAUUUUUAUGUUGGUGAACUGGACUUAUCCACUGUGUACUAACUAGUUACUUAUAUACGUUCACUAAAUCUGAUUACACAACUCCACUAAUAUCAAUUGUAGUUACACGUUAAAUAGAAAGCAUGUUACAGAUAGUUGUUUUCUAUUACAGACUAUUCUAAAACGAUGUAUUUAGCCAGAUUUUAUUUUUAUCUGCUAUAUUUUAGAAAUACUCACUGCUGGUACAGUUGUACUCCUACUAUUUUUUAAAAUUGCAUAUCUGAGCAUCCAUUUACAAAUUGCGGCCUCUGGAAAGGCUGUCUUUGCAGUUUUACCAGCUGCAGCUACAGAGCUGGAUGUUGUAGCUUAAUACGUGACUGAAUAUGGCUAAAUCUAAUCCUCUGUGUUCUAGCUGAUGAGCAGUGACUUUAUUUAUUCUACAUAUUUUGAUUUUUGUGAGAGUUUAGCUUUGGAGGGGAUUUCUCAACUUCAUUAACAAAGAAGUUGAUUUCACUUUGCCAUUUUAAAAAUACACUUAAAUAACCUUAGUUUUGAAGUUUGCAUAAACAUUCCACCACUGCUGUUUGAUUUUUAGCUGUCACAUCAGUCGUGCUUAGUGAGUACUGUUACAAUAUUGUACACGGGUUUUACCCUUUAAAUGCCGUUUUAAUAUUGCCAUUUUUAAAAUUAAAGACCUAUGGUGUCAGAGAUCAAAUCUGUGAUACAGCUCUGGUUUAUUUAGUCUCAUAAUAAGACUUUUGUUAUUCUCGUCAUCUUACCUUUCUAAAAAAAAAUUGUGUCAAAAAAACCUAAAUGUGUCAUAAUGCAAAAACGAGAGAAAAAUUUUGAAGUAAAAAGAAAAAAUAACUUGCAAUGGCUGUUAUUGGUAUAAAUGUAAAAAGUGACCAUUGGUUUCAGCCCCCCUGCAGGAAUAAGUUGUAAACACCUGACUGCAGCUGGAAUGGGCCAGUAGAGUGUGAUGAUUUUUUUUUUUCUUCUCUGGUUGCUGCAUACUGAUUCUUGAAAAGGUUUUCAAACCUUUUAUCACACGUUAAAAGUUUAACCAUAAAACACAAAUGAAUUUUAAUUUGACUUUUCAUGACAGGGCAACAAAACGUUGCACAUAACUGUGAGGUGGAGAGAAAAGGAUACAAAAUGUUUUACGUUUUUCAAAUAUUUCUACGUUUUGUAAUGAUUAGGUAAUUCUAAUUAAUCUACUUUAAUGUUGAUACUUCCCUGUCUGUCCCCUCAGCAUAAUCCUGACACCACCAUGUUUCCUCAUAGGAAUGGGGUAUUUAGCUUCAUGCCAUGCCAUUUAUUUUAUAUAUACCAAAAAGUUUUGUUGUUGGCUUUUGAUAUUGUUUCAUGACCUAGCCCUGCUCUAGAUUUCUCUUCAAAUGUUUUUCAACAAACCUCUGAGACCCUAACAGAACAGCUGGAUUUCUACUGAGAUUGAAUCUCAAAAACAACAACUUAAUUCACUAAUACGCAGUUGGUUGCACUGGAGUUUAUUCAGGGAUGCUGGAGUACAGGGGGUGAAUAAAAAUGCAGAUUUGAGGAAUUUUAAAAAAUGUAUCAUUUUCUUCCACUCCACACGUAUGGACCAUUUUUUCUGUCCUGUAAAAUCAAAUCAAAGCUGAUUGUUUUAAUGUGAAAAAUUAGAUAACGUUUCCAGCACACGCAUUUAGUAGUGUCAUGUUUUGUGAUUUGUUAUUUUAGUUAUCCUUUAGAAGUUUACCACCCAUGUUUUCUUAAUAUUGACUUACUUUUUAUAAAGUUAUAUAAUCUUUUCUACUUUAUUUUACACAUUCAAGACCAUCAUUGCGCAGUGCGGAAUGAUCAGCAAUAUUUGCUUUCCUUUCUGACUACUUAGGAGGUAGAAUGACACAAUAUUUUAUAUUUUCUAGAGUUUUCCUUUAAUCAGUGCAGCUUUUUGACAUUGAUGCUUCAUUUGUGCAGACUUCUUUAACCGUCUGGGCUUUCUGUAUGUAUUUGUAGAGGGGAUAUUGGAUCUGCUUGUUUGACACAAGUAAAAGUUUCACUAAUGUAUUUGGUGGUAUUAGGCCUGUAUUUAAUGUUUUUGAAUACGUGCAUCUGAAAGACUGUAUAAAGUUCCGGUUUUAGGAGUUAUCAUUGUAGAAAAUUUUUAAGGGUUUUUCAUCUUAAUUUCUCUGGAAAACAACUUUUGUACUUUAAUAUUUUCCAAAUAAACUAAAUAG